UAUUACUAUUAUUAUUAUUAUUAUUAUUAUUAUUAUUAUAAUAACGUAGAUACGCGUACGCGCGUAUAUUUAUUACGUACGCGAAUGUAACGCAAAACGCAAAGUUAUAAGCUGUUUUCGCGAACGAUUUGAAAAUAUUCAAAUAAUUACCUAUUUUAGAUUUAUACUCUAUUCUCUAAACUUUUACGAAGUUGUGAAUCAUGCAUUGUGAUAUUAUUCUAUAGCCUAACUUGUAUAUUAAUUAUUACUAAAGCAACAUUACAAAUAUUUAUGUAAUGCUAAGCGACUUUCCAUUUUUACUUCAACAUUUCUAUAUUUAUCUUCAUCUCUUCAUAUUGAAACAUUGUAAUAAAAUAUUAUAUGAAAUCUAAGAAUUAAUAUAAGUCUUUACAAAUUUUCACCAUAUCAAAUUAUCGUAUAUUUUCAUUAUUAUUAUUAUUUAUUAUAUAAGUAAAUAUAUGUUUGUAUAAAUAUGUCGUAUUUUACACGAAAAUGUUGAAACGUCAUAUUUCGUUAAAAAUGAUCGGCUUCAUUUCUUUGAAUUCUCUUUGAAUUCGUUCGUUUACGAUUAGCCAUUGUUUAAUCGUCGUCCAAUUGAAAACCAUUCGAUAGAUCGUUUCUUCCUCAAUAAAAAAAAAAAAAAAACGAUUUUCAAUAUUUUCGUGUAAUAGAAAAAGAAAACCAAACGAGAAGAUUUAAUCAAGAUCGAUGUAGAAACUUCUAAAACACGGAUCACCCGAGUAUGAUUGGUAAGAUUGAAUAUUUGGAAAAGUAUUCGGUGGCACCACCACCUAGCAGAGAUUACUAUGGCCUUAAAAUUCUUCAAGACGAGGUGAUACUUUACGUUUGGAAAAUAUCUCACGGACCACACAAGACACCGAUUUCUCGUACCAUCAAGUUUAUUGAAUUCGAUCAAGACAAAACUUUGCAGGACGUCAUUAGUCGAUUUUUCGGCGAACAUUUUGUUAAUUACGUUGAAAAUCUAGCCGAAGGUAAAGGGAAUACACUUUUGACGUUGCCACGAUCAUCGAUAAGAAAAAUCGUUGAAUUUCUUAAGUUCAGAGAUAUCGUCAAUUUAUCUUCAUUAUCUCGUAUUGCAAACGUAGUAAGUAACGAUCAUCUAUCUAUUAGAGUAUUUAACGAUAAUUUUAUUUGGGAAGCUUUAUACAGAAGGCACAAGAGGUCCGAUAUUAGCCAAAAGGAAAAAGAAUACGCUAUGGCUUAUGGUUGGAAACAAACUUUCAAAGAAAAGCAAAUGCCAUUUUCUAUGGAAUUACGCAAAAUACCAGGAUCAACGAUUAAAAAUGAACAUUUGAAAAUGCAACAUGGAUUAUCCAAAUCCAUGAGUGGACCAUUCAAAACUGUACCAAAAGUAUCGAGUUUGUCUGUGAAUAAUGAAAUCGUUAGACCUUUGCAAAUUAUGCAGAAAAAUGCGCAAACGAAUUUGACGAAAUCUUUUAAGAAUAAUAAUAAUGCGAAGGAUGAUACAAUUAAAACGAUACGUAACGACAAGAAAAUAAAUGUUACUGUUAAAAAGAUUAAUAAAAGUAAAACGAAUAAAAUGGGUAACGCGAAAAAAGAUAAAUUGUGUGUUGGAAAAACGGAAUCAUCGAAGGAUGGAAACGUUCGCGAAUCAUUUUCGGAUUCUAUGACGAUCGCAAUACGACAAAAUUCAUCUACGAUUAAACGUAAUCAAAAAUCAAUCGUAACAAAUGCGAAAAAUAUCAAUGGGAAUUUAAAUAUCACGGAUAAGGAUAAAUUCGGUGACACGAGAAAGAACGUAAUUAAUAAAAAUAUGACGAAUAAAUCUAACAAUGGAAUUUCUUCUACCGGUCAACCAAUGAAAAACAAAUCUUUAUCGAAGAAUAAAAAAACGAAGACGAAAAAAUUACUAGAAAAUAAUUCGACUAUAUUAACCAGCGAUAAAUCAUCUUUCUUGAAUGAAUCGAUGAUCAUGAAGAAUGAAAAUUUCGAAUUGGCUUAUCUUAUAGAGGAAAGUUUAAAGAGAAUUCGUAGUCCUAGGACAGUUUUUGAUUACGAUUAUAGUUAUCUCGAGGAUGCGAGAACUUUAACCGAUUCAACGAGAAAAAAUGAACAAACUCGUAAAACUAUAAAUACUAUGAAAGAUUUAAAACGUGAUUUAACUAACAAAAAAGUCGAUCGUUUGUCGGAAAAUUCUGAUUCCAUGACUACGUUGUCGAACAAUUCAAUUAUCGAAAAUAUCAAAUUAAAUGAAUCUGAUCGUUCAACGAACAAAAUUCCGAUAAAAGAAACUAACACUACAUCGGAUUCGAAAAUUGUUAUUGAUCGAAAAGAAAUGUUAGAACGUGUUACUGAUUUUAAUGAAAAUUCACCUAAAACAAGUCCUAAGAUAAGUCCUAAAAUAAUGGAUGAAACUGACACGAAAUAUCGUAUUCCUAAAGGACCUUUAAAUAGUAUCAACAUAAUGAAAUCUUUGAGGUCGAGUAAUCCAAUGAUCAGAUCAACCGCUGUAUCCGGGAAAAAUUUGCCUACAACUGCUACAAACCGAUUUGCCUUGAGAAAGAGUUUCAAUGAUUUACGGAAGGAUCGUAUAAUGCAAGACAAUUAAAUAAAGGAUAUGAAUAUC